GGCGGGAAGCUAACGUCAAGCGGCUCGUGGCGCCAUCGUAGCGCCGCUCGUCUUCGGGGAGAGGGUAACGAUUCGCGGGUUUACCUCGCGAGGGUACGCGUCGAUAAGGCGUACUUGCGUUGUUUGACAGCUGGAGGAGUAUAACCUUUCUUCUCCAGGAAAAAAUUGCAGUUUUGUAUCCUUACGAGAGGUAGACAGAGGAAAUUUACUUGAAACCAUUAAUUGUAAGAGCUGUGGACUUGCCUCAAAGAUAUAGAUAAAAUUUAUAAAGAUAUAAAAGAUAAAAGGUAUAGUAAGAGGAACAUUUGGAGAGUGAAAAUUUUCUAGGAUCAGGAAGAAUCAGAUACAAAGAAGAAAGAAAAGAUACAAGUCUCAUGAAACGAAAGGUGUCAGAAAACCAUAAAAGAUAAAGCAGUUACACUAUGUUAAAAAAGCCUCUCUUCUCAAACCUGAAGUAAAAAUCUAAUUUUCGAUUAUAAACAUAUAGAAGAGCGUAUCAAUUUAUUUCUACUUUAGCUUUAUCAAUAGUAUCAUGAGGAAGAAUAUGAACACUCGUAUCAAUGGAACAAAUGUUAUUCUAGUACCGUAUCAAGAAAAGCAUGUCACAAAGUACCAUGAAUGGAUGAAGAAUCCGAUGCUGCAAUAUUUGACAGGCUCCGAACCAUUAACGUUAGAAGAGGAAUUCGAGAUGCAAAAGCGAUGGCUCGAGGACGAAGAUAAAUGCACCUUCAUUAUUCUGGAUAAAUGCGUCUUCCUGUCUACUGGAAGUGAAAUAGAUGCCAUGAUAGGAGACACAAAUUUAUUCUUUAACGAUUUGCAAGAACCAAAUAUUGCCGAAAUAGAGAUUAUGAUAGCUGAUGAGGCAUAUCGAGGUAAAAGAAGAGGCUGGGAAUCUGUUAUUCUUAUGAUGCACUAUGGCUUCAAAACACUGAAUAUUAAUAAAUUUCGCGCCAAAAUCAAAUCGGACAAUAUAAUGAGCAUAAAUAUGUUUGAGAAGCUUGGUUUUCGAGAAGUAGAAAGAAGCGAAAUUUUUCAAGAAGUCACUCUUGAGAAGGAAACAUCUUCCGACUGGAUGAACUGGUUACAUUCUGAAUUGCAAUCUGUUUUAUUUAAUUCACAUUAAUUUGUCCCUCAAAUUAUCAUUGUUGUUAAACUAACUACAUAAUAAAUUACUAAUGUAUAUUUUUAAUUGUACAACUUAUUUUAAGAAUAAA